UCUGGUCAUCACCAGCUUGCAUGCUUGUGGGGCAUAUCGCGAGCAGUAGAGAAGAGGGGCGUUGCCAGCACAGUUACCAGAAGCCUGUAUAAGGCGUCGUCGUGAUAGCCUCCAAGAGAGCAAGCCUCGUCCUGUAGGCCUUUUGAUAUCAUCAAUUUCGAUUCUGAAUUCACGCUUUCCGAAAUGGUCUCCGGGCCCUCACUUCUUUCAAUCCUUCUUGUGGCGCAAGCUGCUUUUGCAUACAACUUCGCAUACGAAGGUAUACAGUUGACCGACUUGGAUGUCGGGGACAACCCUGAUCUAGCUUUUGGCAGCGCAAGGACGGGCGACCUACCAUCGUGCAAGAGCUACCCAGGUUAUGACGGCUGGCCAUCAUCGCCGCAGUGGAGUAGUCUGAACGUCAGUCUUGGAGGCACAUUGCUCAGGGGUGUCCCACCUGCUGCCGCCUGCUAUGAGGGCGAGUAUAAGGAUGCUGCAAAGUGUUCAAACGUCAGGCGACGUCAAGCCGAUGCUCUCUUCGCCAAGGAAGACCCAUUGAUACCGUUUGGGCAGUGGACUCUACAUAACCCGUGUCCCGUACCUGCAGCUAGCACCGCGCGUCCGCUGUCUGACUGCAAACUCAUCAGCUUUCCUGCAUAUGUCGUCAAUGCUACCACGGUCAAAGACGUGCAGCUUGCGGUCAAUUUUGCAAGAAAUAACAAUGUCCGGUUGACGAUCAAAAACACCGGUCAUGACUUCCUCGGCCGAAACACUGGCGGUGGCGCACUUCAAGUCUGGGUGCAUCGCAUGAAAGCAUUUGAGUACUUACCGACUUACAGAGUUGGUCAGUACAGUGGUCAAGCGGCCCAAGUUGGAGCAGCGCUCGAACAGCAUGAAGUCUACGACGCCAUGGGUACACAUGGCAUAACGCUUUUAGCUCCAGGGUCUUCUACUGUUGGAGCUUAUGGCGGUUACAUGCAAGGCGGAGGGUUCUCGUACAUCACAUCAAAGUACGGCCUAAUGGCGGACCAGAUACUUGCCCUAGAAAUUGUCACUGCGGAUGGCAGGUUCGUACAUGCAGAUCCGACGGAGAACACGGAUCUGUUCUUCGCCGUUAGAGGUGGCGGACCUGGAAACUUCGGCAUCGUUACAUCUGCGAUUGUAAAAGCGUAUCCGCCCACGACAGUCGCGCGAAGCGACUUCACAUUCCAAACCGGCCCAGUGUCUAGCAACGACAAGACCACCGUUCGUGUAUCUAACGAAACCUUCUGGAAGGGCAUGGAGGUAUACUUCGCGCACAACCUACGCAUCAACGAUGCUAAGGGUAUCAUGUCGAACUUCAUAACCACAACCGCUCGCACCUUCACCCUAUCAAACCAAAUCACCAAGCCUGGCAUCACCGCCGAAGAGAUGAAAGCGCUCAUGAAGCCACUCAUCAAAGACCUCAACGAUAUUGGCAUUCCUCUGACCAACCCCGAGCCAAAAUUCUGGAAUACUUAUGCAGAGUUCGGUGCCCUGCCCGGCGGUCCAAGUGGAGGAAUAAGUAACAGCCGUCUCGUAUCUCGCUUGGUCCCCCGUUCCAAUUUCGAAAACCCAACCUCCCAAACCUUCAACGCUACCAUGGCGGCGAUCCGCUCAUUCGUAGAAGAAGGCGGCUACAGCUUUCACUCCGUCGACUACGCACCAACCUACGAAACAGCCGGCUACCCUGGCUCCGACUCCGCUGUCUCACCGCACUUGCGCAACGCAGUCAUGCAUAUGACCGGCUUCGAUAGUCGGCAAUAUGAUGCUAGCCUCUCUGACGAGCUCUGGAAGUCAUCGCAUGCUCGCCUCAACUCGUAUGUGCAGAAGCUGAGAGAUGCGACGCCGCUUAGUGGUGCGUAUAUGAAUGAGGCGGAUGUUGCGGAGCCGGAUUUUCAGUAUAGUAUGUAUGGUGACAACUACAAAAGGUUGCUGAAGGUCAAAAGGGGAAGAGAUCCUUGGGGUUUGUUCUAUGCGGUUACGGGUGUGGGCAGCGAGGACUGGUUUGUCGAAGGGACAGAAGGAUUGCCCACUCAGCAGGGUCGACUAUGUAAGGUUGGUGCAUAGGGUACAUUGGGUGGGUAACUUGCCAGAUGUUGUGCAUUGGCUGUCAUGCACGUAGCCACGAUACGAAACUGAGUGAAGCGGAAACGCUCCACACGACUGUUAGCAAUAUGGACAAAGAAAUCAUUGUGACAUACAAUGUCUUAUUAGGUAUAUAUGCUUUGAGACACUUGACUAUCUACAUAGAAGUGCACGCUUACAUUAGUCUUGCC